CUAGGCUAUCAGAGCUUUCUAAGGCUGAUUUGAUUCCUUUUAGCUAAGUUGAAAACCAUUAGCAGCACUACUCUUCAACGAGACAUUGUCCACGAGCCCGGACUUGAGAUUUGUAAAAGAUUGAGCAAUUAACAGUAGUCCACUUUUGCGUAUGGUCCGAUAGAGCUUUCCGACAAUAAAUGGAUUGGUAACUAAUGGUCCAUCUUUAACAUUUCAAAUUAGUGCAUUAUGUAAAUAAAUCUUUCUUGUACGUUGAUCCUUUAUUUGGAAUUUACAAAGAGACCUAAAAUGAGUAUGACUUCCCUGUUCUCAUCUUGUUAUAAAACUCAUAUGAAACUUAUAAAGGGAUGCAGUCGAGUUUUGAUUCACAGAGUCGCAAUCAAGUUAUAAAAUCAAGACACAGUUACAAAUUGGUCUAGCUGUAUCUUUUCUAAUAUGCUCUUUCUUAUGCAUUUAGAUAUGUACAAAGUAAUAAUGUGUGUUUCACUAUUAAACAUAAUCAAGCUUCUCAUACUUGUAUAACACCAUGUUUGUCAUCUAGUUCAAAUAUGCUCUUAUGCUUUUCCUAUCAUUAGGGGACAAUCAAAGUCGUAGCACUUAGACUAACAGGACUCUCCAAAGUGCACAAUUUCACAAGUGAAGAAUUUUCAAAGUUGCCCAAUCUGAAAUUCUUGGAAUUAGAGGGGGGGAACAUGGUAGGUGACUUUAAAAAUCUUCUCUCCAAGUUAAUAUGGCUCUCUUGGAGCAAUUGCCCUUCAGAAUUAAAUGCGACGAAUUUAUGUCUCAAGAAACUAGUUGUGCUCAAGCUUUCAGGAAGUAAAAUUACCGAAGAUUGGGCCGGAUGGGAGCCAUGCCUGGUGAGCGAGAACUUGAAAGUUAUACAAAUCACCAGCCGCGAAAGCUUGAAAAGGACUCCUGACUUCUCAAAAUGCUUGAGUUUGAAGAAAUUGGUUAUUGUGGGUUGUACAACCUCGCUAGUGGGUUCUGGCUCUCUCUCUAAACUAGAGCACCUCAAGUACUUGGAAAUCAUGUCUCAUGGUGAUCAGCUGAGAGAGAAUUGUGACCCUUUUGUGGUGCCUUUUGUAUUAAGUAGUCCAAAAUCCCUCUCAACGCUAAAAAUAGGUAGAAUGGCAGUUCGAGAACUUCAUCAAUCCGUUGAAGAGAUGAAGGGUUUGAAGUAUUUGUCUACUGUUGGUUGUCGUUUUCCUAGAACAUUUCUAGAUUGCAUCGGAAAAUUGAAAUCACUACUUGUAUUGAAAUUAGAAAACAUGGCAAUCACAAAAUUACCUUCUUCUAUUGGGAAUCUCAAAAGGUUGGAGAUUUUAUGUGUAGACAAGACUGUGAUAAAAGAACUACCAAGGGCCAUAGGGAUGUUGGAGAAUCUUAAAGAGUUGACAGCCCGAUUCUGCCAAAAUCUAGAGUGUGAUAUUCCAAGUGAAAUUGGGGGUCUAUCCUUUUUGAGGAUGUUAGACUUUAGAGGAAGCAAGAUUAGGAGAUUGCCCAUAACUAUGAAUCAGCUUGAUCAUCUCCAACAACUUUGUUUAGAUUCUUGUUAUGAAUUUGAACAGUUCCCCAAGCUCCCCAUGAGUUUGAAGGUGUUGAAUUUCGCAUCUCAUUUAUUGUGGAAUGCCCUUGACCUCUCAUACCUAACUAGCUUAGUUAAUCUUUAUAUAGAUUACGAGGCUCCUUGGUUGUUAAAAUUCAGAUACGGAGCUCCAAAGAUAAAGUGGAUUGAGGAGUUAUCUAAUUUGGAGAGUUUGAAGCUCGUCAUGAGAAAUGUCACAUUUUCUCCAGUUAAUUUGGCUACUCUUUCUCGGCUUCGUAAUCUUGAGAUUACUUGUGUUGACUAUCGUUCCGUGGUGGGGCUUCCGUCCAGUCUUGAGCAUUUGUCUCUAGUCCGUGCCAAGUCUGCAAUAGAAAGGCCUCUCACUUCCAACAGGUCAUAUUCGCGCUAUUCUGCUCUGGCGAUUUUUUUUUGGGAGGUUGUCUUUUAUGGUGUGCUUGGACACCGGCUAGUGAGUGUCAUGGGAAGGGAAGUGAGCAAUAAUGAAUUGCUUGAGAGGCGACACGUAUCAAGAUCAACGAGGGUCCAACAGUUGUCAGUAAGAGUUAGGAUCGAGGGUAAUGGAAAUGAAAUGGAUAACCUUUCUUGCACAGUUGUAAGAACUCUAUUCAACUUAUGCCGUUCUUCUGAUGGAAGAGGGACAUCUAAGCCUCUCGGAAACUGUAACCUCGCGGUGGCAGGAUUUUUGCACGUCAGGAAGUUCCAGACUGUGAACUCGUGCUCAGAGUUGUCAAUGCCAAGAUCAGUAGAAUCACUAUGCCUAAGUACUGGUAAUACAAGUUCAGAUUCUCAUAGGUUGAACCUGCCUGGAUUCGAUGAUAGAGAUGGACUUGCAACACUAUCGAAAACUCCUUCUACAGGUUGUGGUGUUAGCAGUGAAACUGCACUGGUGGUAAUCGAAAUAGCAUCUGUGGUCUUAAGCGUGCCUUUGAGCUUCAGAACAAGGUCUGCUUGUGCAGCCUUUUUGAGUCUUGGGCCAAGCCUCGGUCUAAACCGGGUCUCAGGGAUAGGCCUUGUAUACUCGGACAUAGCCUCUGGAAUACCCCCAACGUUUACCCACUUCGUCACCAAUUUCCCUCCUUUCCAACGAACGCUCAUCUUUGUUACUAUCCAGUUCUUGAUGGUGCCGAGAGUGCAGGAUGAGGUGCGAUUCCUCGUUUGCAGGGAUGGCCCACCAGAAGCGUGCAUUUAUCGGUGCAUCGUAAGGCAGGGAUAUAGGAACGCGAGGGACAGCUACAGCUUUGAGACACGGUUCAUGAGAGAAGUGAUGGAGUUCUUGGAAUCUGAUUCUGAAUACCACAACGAAGGAAUCACAGGUCACGGUGAUCGUGGUGGCCAGGUGACGAAGGAACUGAUUGAGGCAGAUGCAUCUGGUAGUGUAGUUUACAUGAUGGGCAACACAUGA